AUGGAAAGGGAAAAGAAAAAGAAUAAUGGGAAGAAACUGAGUCAUAUUCAAUUUUUUAAGAUUGCAUAUUCAAAGAAAGAUGGACGACCAAUUAAUGAUGUUGUUCCACAAGCCUUACUACAGUCAGACAUGGAUGAACUUGUGUCACAAACGUCAGAGUCUUCUAUGCAAUCUUCAUCUGCAGUAGAUGAAGUUUUCACCCAAGUCACGGGACCGGAGAGACAUGGAUGUGUUAGAGCAUAUGGUUUUGGACCAUCUCUAAGAGAAUUGUUUGGACAUAACAAAUCAUAA